AUAGAGUGGAGGGAAAACCAUAUUUGCCCCAUUUCUCCGCCAUCACAUCACAAGUCCUUUUCUUGUCAUUAAAUUUCGUUCAUCUAUCUAAAUCGAACGGCCGUUGCAUCUGUUUCAAAAGUCGCUGGGCGGAUUGAUCCCUGUAAAAUCGCCAGAGAGUAAAGAGAUUUAUCGCAGUAAUGGCUGAGGGCGCUUAGGAAGCCGAAAGCAAUGCUGCUCAACGGUUUGUUUGCACGAUUCAGUCGAAGAGUCGAACUCGUGUCGCUUUGCCGAUUCUAACGGUGUGCUUCUUGGUAGGUUUCGGCGGUUAAAUCCUGAAAUGCAUUGAAGAUACCGUGGCCGCAGGUUUCGUUUUCGUUAUUUAAUUUUGGUUUUGAGUCCGUGAUCUGGUUCUUUCUAUCGCAGCACUAAAAUUGGACAAAAAAUUGCAUCAUUUGCCCAGUUGUAGAUGAUAAGGGUUCGUUUUUAGGGUAUUAUAAAUUCAGAGGAGAAUAAGCUUGAAAUUUUAAGUAGGUUAUCCCUUAUUGUUAAAAAGGGAUUAUUUCAUAUCACUUCUAAAAUAGUAGUUUCCUUUCAGCUCAGUGUCAAGUGUUACGGCACUCGGCCCUUACGGAGAAACAAAUCUUGACGUACUUUUUGUCAGCUAUCGUUCUCUAGUAAUCUGCCUUGCCUGUUGUGACAUUAUAAAUAGCAUUAGAAACUAAAGCCCAAGUUGCAUUCACGGUUAGGUUUUCUCAAAGGUAAGUGAAAUGUCCGAACCCGUUUCCAUGGCACCCACUGGAGUAGACAAUUUAAUGGAGAACAAUGAAAAUGUUCCACCUUGUCCCGCUUCAAAUCCGGAAGAAAUGCCCUUGGAAUCGAAUCCUGCUGUAAAUCAGACAAAGGUGCUCAAAUCCGCAUCUCUGCCUCGAGGCCGGCCCAAAAAAUCUCAGGGUAAAACCCCUGAUUCUUUACUUCCUUCCAAGCGGUUAAAGAAAAAAUCUGCAAAUACUUCGUCAAAAUCGAAGGUCAAAAAGCUGGAUUUUUCGCCUCUUAGAACAUGCCAAACCCUCGGUGGGAAAAUUUCAACGCCCGUGUCAAAAUUCGAGAGUGGUAAACUCUCGAAUUCAAAUUCUUGCGAUGUGAGGUCAGAUUCUUGCACGGAAGAUGUGGAAUUAAGGCAUGCACAAGAACAAUGCCCGCUCAACACACAGGGCAAUAUCAUGGUUGUCUUAAGCCCUAAUGAUGCGGCUGCGAUAACACCCACUGUGCUCAAGAUGUCCAAUACAGGUGGCAGCAAGGCAGAUGAUUCGUUAAAUAAAGCGGCAUCAGAUACCUGUACCUCUUCUGCAAAGAGGUCACUGAAGCGCAAGCGCUCUUUAUUUUUGCAAACUUUGGAUUCAGAGUCCAGGGAAACUCAUAUUCAACAAUUUCAGCAAGAAAUCGAGUCACUGCUCAAAUAUUUUAAUGAAUCUUUUGAAAAGAUUGGAUCUGUAGAUGAGGACGAAGUUGCUGAUAUGGGGAAUGCACCAACAAACGUGAUUAUUGCACGUCUUUUGGAGGACAGUAGGCUUUCUUACACAAAAUUAGUUGAGCAGAUCCAUGAGAAAUUGAAGAACAAGUUGGAUCAGAAUGGAGUGGAGAUUAGCUUGGCAUUUGUGAAAAGUUCAGUGCUGCUUAUUGGGCAGCGCCCUUUGUAUGGCAUUCCAAGCACUGUAGCUGAUGUUUUAGAGGAUGAAUCCGAAUCUUGCUUGUGGUGCUGGGAGGUUCGAGACUUAAAGCUGCUACCCAAGUCACAACGUGACUUUGCCAGUGUUCGCCGCAGAUGUCGAAAGAAGAUUCAUGAGCGCAUUGCUGCUCUUUCAGCAAUGGUAUCAGCAUUGUCAUCAUUAGAGUCAGAGGGAAGCAGGAAUGCAGCUUUAACCAAAGCUGAAGAUCUGCUUAUGAAAGCUGAUGAUGAAAUCAGAAUCCGUGCAAUGGUGGCAGACUUGAUGCAGAAGUGUCUUUCUCAAAUGAUGGUUAAGCAAGCUAAAAAAAAGGAGAAAGAGGCAAUUAAGGAAAAGGAAAGAAAUGGCCGAAAAUGUGAAAAGGAACAACAACGUUUGGAUCGGGAAUUAAGAAAGGAGAAGAUUCAGCAGGAAAGAGAACAGGCUCGAGCUCAAAGGGAAGCACACAUGCAUGAGAAAGAAAUUAAAAGGCAGCAAGAAGAGGCUGAGAAGGAACAAAAAAGGCGUGAGAAGGAAGAGGCUGAAAUGAAAAAGCAACUUGCAAUACAAAAGCAAGCGACAAUCAUGGGUCGCUUUCUUCAGAGUAAAAAAGAAAGCACCAAAACUCAAAAUGUGGAAGAAGCUACUCACAAGCCUUUGGUGGAAAAUGCACAGGUUUGUAGUGGAGUUAUGGCACUAAUGGAUAAAACAUUAUGGCAAGGAGAAACUCAAACAGAGAAUCUUUUAAGAUCACAUUUGGCAGCUUGGCGUGAUGCUAAUAAUAAAAAAAUUACAAGAAACCUACGAUGGGGCAAGCGGCGUAAGCCCAAAGUUGCGUUGUUCAAUGAACUGCGGCUGCAGCGAGCAUCUGCUGAAGCUGUUAUCUCAGAAAAAGUGCAACCCUUUACAAGCAAAAAACGGACUGCUAAUGAUAUUGAAGAUCAUGAGUUUAAGGCAAAAAAUGCUGCAAACGACUGGGAAGAGCAGGAUUUAUGUGAUAGCUUGCCUGAUACUAUUGGGAGUACUGAUGUGAAUAGAGAAAGUAUGUUUCAUAAUAAGAGGAGAAAGCUUUUGCAGUUUGAUAAGGCUCAUAGGCCACCUUAUUAUGGAACCUUCUCAAAGAAAAGUGACGUUGUUGGACCUCGACAUCCAUUCAAGCUAGAGUCAUCAUUAGAUUAUGAGAAUGACAGUGAUGAAGAAUGGGAAGAGGAGGAUCCUGGUGAAAGCCUUUCUGAUGCUGAUGAGGAUGAUGAAGAAGAAAAGAUCGAAGUUGAAAAAGAAAAACUAAAAUGCGAGGAAGAUGAUGAUAGUGAAGACGGCUUUCUUGUCCCUGAUGGAUAUCUCUCAGACAAUGAGGGAGUAUGCUUGGAUGACACUGAAUCAGAUGUGGAUGAAGAUUCGGGUGAAAAUGUAGACUCAAAUAUCAUAUCCCAAAAUUGUGGUAAGAGCCAACAGCUAGAAACUGAGUCUGAAUGGCAUGCUUUUGAGCAGCAGCAAAAAGUUCUUGAAAAUGCAACAGAUCGUGCUUUGCGGUCUGGUCGUGUUUUUAUUGUCUCAAACUUGCUUAGAGAGAGAAAUGAUGGUAAGAGCAAAUCAGGAUCUCCAGAUCUAAAUCCAAGACAGAGAUUGGAACAAACUUGCUUACAAGCUCUGCAAAUUCAGAUUUGCUCACCAGAAAUCUCUAUUGGCCUGAUUAUUGAGCCUUCAACAGAGGCAAGUCUCCAAGAGGACCAGGAGCCUUCUAAGCAUCAAAAGAAAAUCUCUGCUCUGUCAGACUCUGAUCUACCCAUGUUGGUCUCUAUUGUCAAGUCAUCAACCCAAGGCAUCAAUAAAAUAGUUGAAUCUCUGCUUACAAAGUUUCCUGAUAUGGCAAAGCGGCGGCUUAAAGACAAAAUCCGUGAAAUAGCAGACUUCACUGAAAAUCGCUGGCAGGUGAAAAAGCAUGUUUUGGAAAAACUGAACAUGCCACCUUCCCCAGUUCGGGCUUUGGAAGUUACAGAGACUCCAAAAAAACAAUUCAAGGAUGUUGUUACAAAGAGUCCAACACAAUCUAAGGGUAUUGCAACAUACUUUUUAAAACGAUGUUUACCACCUGAAGCAGCUGGAAUUAAUAUUCAAUCUUCUCCUGAGAAUGUCAAUUUUGAAAAGCUAAAAGAUAAGCCCUCUGCCGUGGUUGAGGAAAGCUAGGAUGUUUUGUAGUGGUAGCCUAAUUUCAUUUCACAGUUUCGUGAUUUGUUUUUGCUCUCCAAUGUGAAUGUCUUUUGAGCUCCCAUUUUUGUGUAGAGGAACAUUUGUAGGGGAUAGUGUGUUCCUUUUGUUCCAUUUGCUCACAGUGGUGAAUUGUGACUUAGAACAGGAGAUUUUAUUCCUUUGUUUCCAAGUUGUGUGAGGAAGUGUCAGGGAGAUAAUCAACACCUUACAUGUAUUUAGAUCAACAUCCAGGAGUAAGGCAAGCAUUAUAAAAAUAUAUUCCUUUACCGUAUUUGGUAUUAUGCAAGCUGUGUAAAGUCUUUCCCAGUUUAGAACUUCAAGCUUGUCCGGUUAUUAGCAGUAAGCUGGUCGGGGCAUAAAUUAUAAUGGAAGUCCUUGCCUAGCAUUUACAUGUAUUCAGAUCUUUCUCAUUUC